UAAGUUGCCAGACAUCUCCAUUUUGGCACUACUCUGGGACAUGAUUGUUGCGGGGCUGGAAACUUCACUAGCGACGCUCGAGUGGACGAUGGCGGAGCUCAUAAACCAUCCCCGAGUCAUGUCCAAGGCUCAAGAGGAGAUUGACAGCGUUGUAGGGAGAGCUCGAGCGCUGCAAGAGUCCGAUCUUCCAAGCCUUCCAUACGUCGAAGCCAUUGUCAAGGAAUCACUGCGUCUCCACCCGGCAGCCCCACUGGGACUUCCUCACGUGAAUCCCAAGCCCGUCAAGCUGGGUGGCUACACCAUCCCUGGUGGCUGCAAGGUUCUCGUCAACAUAUGGGCCAUUGGACGCGAUCCCGCUCGCUGGGCCGACCCAGAAGCGUUCCAGCCUGAGCGCUUUCUCGGCUCCUCCAUAUCUGUGAACGGGCAGAACUUUGAUUUUCUUCCAUUUUCAUCUGGGAGGAGAGUUUGUCCUGGCUAUCCACUGGCCAUGAGAUCGAUCCUGUUUUUCGUGGCCAGUUUGCUCCAGGCAUUCGAUUGGAGUGCUGCUAACCCGGCUGGGAUCGACAUGGAAGAGCGUACUAGAAGUAUGACAACAAAGCUCAAGGCUGACUUGCUUGUAAAUGCGUCUAUCAGGGUCGAUCAAAAUAUAAUAUAAGCAUUGAAGACCGCCUUGGCGCCUAUUAACUAUGCGAGAUGGAACGGAUGACGGGAGACCAAGACCAAGAUGGCGAAGACCAUGAGGGACCAUGAGGGUAGGUCCCAUUUUCCUUAGGACUUUAUAUUGAUCUGAGCAUGUAAUAAAACAGGACAUGUGAUAAAACUGUUGUGCUGAGCGUGAUCGUUGAGACUA